CCAUCGGUACAGCAAGGCGUUAACAACCAGGAGAAGUGACUCUCGAAAGGCUUGCACCUACUUAUCAUGCCUUGCCAGGCUGAAUGUGGUGGUGGCUUAGCAUGACGCGCGAUUGGUGGGAAGGAGCCAAGAGCUUCAGCCUUCUGGUGGGUGGUGGGUAGUGUGUCAUCCGCGCGUCUCGUCUUCAGCCUGGUCGAUUUGCUGGUAAUGGCCUCCUACAAUCCAUCUCGUCCCUUCAAUAUACCAACAAUGUCGUCCCGUCAAGAGCAUCAAGAGUGUCGGCCAAGGAAACGGAUUCGAAGAUCUACAAACGAAUCCCCUGGUAACACUGCUCGCCCGCCGUCACACUACGAACCCCUAGACCCGACUCUCAAAGAGAUACGCGUUCUUGAUGUUGCGCCUGGCAUCGGCGACGCAAUCGUUGAAUGCACCAUGAGACGCAUCUCCCUCCGCCACAAAUUCGUGCCAAUAUACGAGACCAUCUCUUAUUGCUGGGGGGCACCUCGACCUCCAUCUACGAUAAAGCUCAAUGGGCAUCUGACAUCCGUACCAGCAAGCUCAGAAGCCGCAAUACGACGCAUGCGACUCAGCGGCAGACCGCGAACACUCUGGAUUGACGCCAUCUGUAUCGAUCAGUCGUCAGUGAUAGAACGUAGUGACCAAGUGGCUUUCAUGUCAACAGUCUAUUGUGGUGGCAUACGUAACCUCAUUUACCUUGGCGAAGAUGGAGGUAUGGCCAGAAGAGGUGUGAAGGCUGUUCAGGACGUUUUUACCGACAUGCGCACCGAAACUGCUAAUUUGACCCUGCUACACCAAACCAUAUAUGCCGAAGGCACGGGCGCUCGUUUGGUGUCGAAAGAAGGAUUCAGUAAGGGCGUCGAUUUCGAGGCUCUCGAGGUUCUCUUCAGCCUCGCUUGGUUCAGACGUCUAUGGGUAUUGCAAGAAAUCGUUCUCGCAACGUCUAAUACCUGCCAUUGGGGUUCUUUCGAGUUUGAUCUUCUCGAUACAGUAAGAGCUGCAAAGUGGCUCAACUAUAAGAGCCCGUUCAUUACUCAGGACCUGUACGAUUGUAUUGGUGCGAGGUGUGCCACUGAGAUGUUCGAAUUGCUCGAUCGCGAUAAUGGUCACUCAUCGAAUCAUAGGGCUCUGUCUACAAUGUUAAGCCGGGCCAAGCGUUUCGAGAAGACUGAAGCUGGUGAUAGCGUUUACGCCAUCCUGGGACUCAUCGAUCAAGACAAAACCCUAGGAGGUGAUGAGACGGCAUUGCUAGAGGUCAAUUACAUGAAGUCGCUUCGUGAUGUGUUGCGGGAUGCUACAAGGUAUGCAUUAUGUGAAGAUAACAAUCUGCAAGUUUUGCGCGAUAUCAAUCACCAGGUUGAGAUAUUAGCGGACUCUCAAACCUUUCCAACGUGGAGUGCUCGUGCAGACUUGCAGCACCUGCCUCAGGACGCGCAUUGGCUACCUAAUCAGUAUCGCGCCUACGAGGGUCUUGAAGCACCAUCCUUGCUCAGCGACGUAUCCUUUGAAAAGAACGUGCUGUUGCUACAAGGAAUAGUGGUUGAUCAAGUCGUUCAAACAACUGUCGUCUGUCAUAACAAUAUCUAUUACGAGGAUGAAGAAUAUCAUCAAUGGCUAGGAUCAGUUAAGGACAUGACUAUAGAUCAUCGUAACAUUACAAUGCAAGAGAACAUCGAUCUAGCCAUAGCUUCUACACUAGUAGCUGGCAAGGCGAAGACUGGGGAAGAAGCACAGCCGAAUGACUUGAAGGUUUUAGUGGAGUACAUCAAGAGCUUGGCUAUUCGCGAGGACGGCAUCGUUUCAGACGGUGUCAACAUCAGACCACCCGUUAACAUGGAAAAGAUGACAGCAACGUUGGAUACUGUGCAUGUGCACUGGUGUCAGGACCGUCGUUUCUUCGUUACCGCAGCUGGAUAUAUGGGUUUAGGGCCCCGUUGCAUGCAACCUGAAGACAUCGUCGUGGUCCUAAGGGGAGGUCUCUCGCCCUUCAUCUUGCGAAAGAAAGCCGAUUGUUAUUGGCUGAUUGGAGAGGCUUAUGUGCAUGGCAUAAUGUACGGCGAGGCGGUGGAGUUGGACAGAAGUCGAGGCGGAUCGGAGGUAGUGUUUCACGUGCGGUGAAGACGUCUUGGAGUGAGAUGGGAUGUGCAGAAAGAAUGUCAAAAACAUACAACAGCGGGGGUUCGCCAGUAGUUACCCACCAAACUACUAAUCCGCUGGUACAUUGUUUGUUUAUGGCUGAGCAGACAGGAAGCCUAACCCGCUCUCGUCUGAUCACCAUGAAUGUCCCCAAAUCUCCUGUUCUCGGUGAUUGACCUGGGAACACCCAGGCCCGUUUGUAGGUAUUGAGUCGCUAUGGCCGGAGAACACAGCCCCGCG